AAAGGAGGUUUCAGAUGCUGUUAGAUGGUCCAACACGAGCUUCGUCUGAAGCAGACUGAGGACACCGCGGUUUCGAGUUUGUAAUUUUAAUCUGCAAAAGUGACGGUCAGCGCCGGCUAAAGAAGAGUAGCUGCCACCUGAAUGUUUUAUACGUUGCUCUUUACCGCUAAGAAAAGAGUGAGGAGAGAAAAAAAUCAUUUAAUCAACGUGGAACUGGAUCAGAACCGGAACCUGCUUUCAAAACGCAACCGUCGCCACAUUGGAAAGACGCGCAUCGUGCUGGUCACCGGCAUACUUGUGGGAACACUGUCUUCAGCCAUGGACGGUGAUGCAACGCUAGUCAUCAAGAAACGCACCUUCAGCAUCCGGCAGGUGUUCUACAGCCGUUUUCUAAGAGGGAACGUCCUGCUUUAUCCAACAAAAAGCACAAGUCGAAGAAGCUGCUCCCAAACUGUUACAGUAAAGACGGAGGAGGGUGUUUUGGUCGUCUCACCUUGUUGGUAUCCAGCAGGGCGGAAAGUCGUCGACCCACCAGGUCAGCUGACCCUCUGACCCCCGACCCCCCCACUACUACCACAGCACCUCACCCCCCCACCUUUUUCUAAGCUGCGUCCUGCCCUGCCAUCUGUCAGAGCUGCUCGUCAUUGGCUGAAGGAGCUCGGGUCUGCAGCCAGCAGAGGAAGGGAUUGGCUGGCAGUGUGCCUGGAAGAAGGGGGCGUGGGCAUCAGCUGAUUGAUAGAGAUGGGAAGAGGAGGAGGAGGGGUGAGAAGGAGGAAGAGGAGGAGCUGGAGCAGAAGAAGCUGAGUCGAGUCGGUAAAUCCGUGAUGAGCCGGCUCUGCUGCAGACAACAAGUGUUCAUUAGAGAGAGAGAGAGGAGGGCGAGGGAGGGUAAAACGAGGUUACUCUCAUGACAGAGAGAGAGAGAGAGAGAGUAACGGGACGUAAGAGAGAGAGGAAAAGGACGUUACCAAGGCAACUCAGGGGACGUCGCUGCAGCGGCGAGGACACUAGGACACACAGGUUGAAGAGAUGAUGAGCAGAUGGAGGAUAGACCUGAUACUGUAGUCCUGCUUCUGACCCUCAUCAAAGACUUUUGAUGAGCGGUUUGCUGGGUACCAGGAGGUCGAGGGACCCUUUGCGUAAAUAGUGAAGGGCCACAGAAAAGGAAUAUCAGGACUUUUAGGUGACUAAGUUGCCACCAUGUCUCAAGCAGGUAAAGUCCUCCACCUGUACGUUGAGGUGAGGUCUGUUGCCGAGGAAGAAGGGAAGGGGCUGGGAAGAGGAGAUGAUGGGACUGGACACCUGAUGCUUCAGUGCCCAGAUGUCCUCCCUCACUCCCAGAAGAGCUCCACCCACUCUAGUCCCAACCGCAGUCCGGAUCUUUCCCCAGUCACUCAGCAUCACACGGGGGGUGGGAAACCCAGCUUACCCCCUUCAAAGUCCUCCUCCAGGCACUCAGUCAGCUUCCAACUCCAAAACCCAGAUGCAACAGGAUCUCCCACCCAGUUCCAUCGGCAGGAUGUGUUAUAUGACAGUUUUGAUCAGUUACUCCAGGUCCUUGCACCUGGAACGACAAGUCCAGGCCAGCAUGGCUCACUGGGGCGCAGUGAGCCAUUCCCCUACCAGGGAAGGGUGCUUAUCUCCCCAUCUUCUACAUCCUCGGGGAGGCUGACUGUACCCUCCACACCCAGCAGCAACCGAAGGUCUUAUGAGGUCCCAGGGGUGGAGGGUGAAGAGGGGAAGACAUCUGUGGUGACCUUUGGCUACAUAGAGAAAGCUAACGUUCACAGCAUGGUUAGCGGGCGUACUUCUGUGUGCCAAAGUGACUUGGACAAUCCUCUUAAGAGAAAGGAUGGGCAGCUGCUGCCUGCCCACCUCCGGAAAAGGCUGAGUGACCCAGUGUGGUACAACGGUCAGCCAGUACAAGACGACCUUUACCCUAAUCACCCCUACGCGUCUCGUAAACAGUCCCCACGGGGCUCACCUUACCUGCAGAAGGCUACCCUGGAUGCAGUACCCACAGAUGCCUCCUACAGGGCCUUGGAGGCGUUUGGAUCCCCAGAAAUCAGGCGACGAUUUGAUGGUCAUGGCCCAGAGAAUUGUAGCCCUACCCUGCCACGGCACUACCAGUCCCCUCGCUGUCGGUCCUUGGGGGGGUCACCUGUCCUGCCCCGCAGCACCCACACCCUGCCAUCCAAGGCCCAGCUCUUAGAGCUGGACAGGGGACUUUGCCGUUAUUCAUUGAAUGGGCUACCCAGAAGUCCUGCCUCGGACCACCUGUGUGCCCACACUGGAUACUCCUCCCACUCAGUGGCUCCAACCUCAACACUUCGCUCACAUGGCCUUCCCCAGAGCCAGCAGAGGCCAUGGGUGGGGGACGAGAGCCCCAGGUUGUCUAGCAAAUUUCAUCCACCUUUACCAGCGGGGAAACCUACAGACAUCCAGCAUGAGAUCCCAGCUAGCAUAUUCCCCACCAGCAACCCGCUCAGGACUGGCUACCAAACUUGUGGGAACUCCCAGCACAGUGUAAAUAGUAGCUAUAAUGCUAACAUGACCAACACCAGUCAUAAUACUACAGACAGUAUGCAGCACAGUGCUAACGAUAACUUAAACUUAUCCAGCAAGAGUCAUUACAAACCGUCACACUGCAGUAGCAGAACCAGUGAUGCAGUCAGCCCGACCAAUGGCAGGAGAAGUGUCUCCCCUUCCUCCAAUGCUGAAGUGGCUUGUAAAUUAGCUCUGGAGGCUACCAAACUGUCCACUGUUUUUGCAGGCAGACGGACUCCCUCUCCAAUAUCUUCUCAAGCUGAGUUACUGAGGUCAGAGAGCCCCAAGAUCGAAGGGUCAUCCCUAAGAGAAUCUCAACCAUACCCCAAUCUUCAAAGGCAAAACUCACCUGAACCUCUGCAGGCGGACUACCAGAACCACAGAUGGGAAACAGGCAGACCAACAACCCAAACCAGACCAGGACGUGUCUCGCCUCUCUUGUCCCAUACAGGCCUCUUUCCACCAGCAUCUCCAGCUUUACCGGCUAGGUUGCACCGAUCUGCCGCUUCUCAGUCGCCAGUUUUAGAUCCACGUCAGCAACGGAGUUCAUCACCCAGUAAAGACAUGUCCAACCUGCACCGCUACCAGCCACCACAGUACACUGGAGACCGCAAAUCACCUGGCAUGGAGCAUAGGCAGUAUGAUCACCUCUUUGAUAGAUCACCUAGGGACAGCCCUGAACUCUCCAGGAGUCUUCUCUCCAGCCAAAACACAGAAGCUUUGCCCGUGAUCUGGAACUCCAGAUGUCAGGAGUGGAGGGAGACUGGACCGAUCCAGGACAGGGACAAACUCUCUGAAGAAGACUACAGACAGUCAACCUCUAGAGUUUACACUCCAGGAAAAGAGGAGAAUCAUAGGAAGGACGGAGAAGACAAAGCAGUAAGGACGUCAGUGCAGGGGAACCAGAGAUUGGUCGUAGGUGUUCUCAAGGAUCACAGAGAGGACGUUCAUGAUCACAGCGGGGCUACUGGGAUGUCCUCUCAGAGCUCCAGUGGGGUGACAGGCAGCAUGGGAGACAGUUCCCAGCUGGACAGAAACGACAGUCUGUUCCCUGAAACUUCAAGCCUGUCCAGCCACGAUACGGCAGACACCGGCUCUGGGAUACAGGUUGGCUGGACGGGAGGAGGAUGAUGGUUUGGUUGUAUGUAAAUACAACCAGACCUUGUGUGUAUUUGAGGGUGUGAUUAUGUAGAUUAUGUAUGAUUGUGUUCUCAGUUUUCAUCUGUGUUCAUGUGUGAGUGGGGUGAGGUUGACAAUAAGUCUUCCCAUCAUGUCACAACAUAAUGUCAAAUUUACCCUGA